AUGGCCGCGUUAGCCCCUCCUUGCAAUUUCCGCAUCAACGGUCACGAGUACAACCAUGGAUAUUAUUUGGUCGACGGCAUCUACAAUAAAAUAUCUGGGGUGGUCCAUGGAUAUAAUAGACGCGAGACUAUGCCGGUGAUCCAUAAGAAAUUUAUUGAAUACCACACCGCAAAGAGGAAGGACGUGGAGCGUGAUUUCGGUGGUCCAACGUCCAAAUGGGGUAUAAUUAGGAAUCCUUAUCAUUACUGGUCUCCUCAUGACGUACAAACAAUUAUGAGACCGUAUUUAAUAAUGCAUAACAUGUGUGUGGAGUGUGAGUAUCGUGAUACGGAAUGGGCGAGCUACGAAGGACGAGACAAAACCCCUCCAGAACAAGGUAACGUGAGAGAAGCGCGCUCGUAUUAUAAAAGCCAUGCCCGAUGGAGAUUCUUACAAGCAGAUAUAACUGAGCACAUUUGGCAGCGUCACGUGCUUGGAUUGCGAGACGGUGAAGUCGGCCCCGUUGAGGAGCAGGAUGCCCUCCCCACUUCCGAUGAGGGCUCUACCGAUGUGGAUGAAAAUGCAGAUGUUUACCCAACUAAUGAUGAUAACUUUUAUGAGAACGGAGCGUAG